GUUGAUGGCCUCUCCAACUGGCUUCAUCCCCGUUAGGUUUCUUCUUUCUGCUUCUCUUUUUCUCUUACUGCUUCCCAGUUCUUUAAAAAAGGGUUAUGCUUUGAAAAGGAUAGAGACUUCAGAAAGCCGUCACCAUACUGUUCAAGUCAGUUCUCUACUGCCAGCUUCACUUUGCAACCCCACCACCAAAGGUUCCAACAAGAAGUCAUCACUGAAAGUUGUUCACAGAAAUGGACCAUGCUCUCAACUGAGUCAAGACAAGGCCAAUACUCCAACUCUCACUCAGAUCCUUUAUCAUGACCAGUCUCGAGUCAACUCAAUUCACUCCCGACUCGCCUUCAACUCGGGCAAAACCAGUCUCCAGGACUCCCAAGCCACCAUCCCAGCACAAUCCGGCAGCAUGCUGGGCUCCGGCAACUACAUCGUCACUGUCGGACUAGGGUCCCCAAAGAGAGACCUCUCCCUCAUCUUCGAUACCGGCAGCGACCUCACAUGGACUCAGUGCCAGCCAUGUGUAAAGUACUGCUACAAACAGCGAGAACCCACUUUUGAUCCAUCGAAGUCCACCACAUAUUCAAACAUCAGCUGUAACUCGGCAUCGUGUUCCCAACUCAGUUCCGCCACCGGCAACUCGCCGGGGUGCUCCACCUCCACCUGCAUUUACGGCAUACAGUACGGAGAUUCGUCUUUCUCCGUCGGGUACUUCGGGCAAGAGAAACUCACCUUAACGUCCACCGACGUAUUUGAUAACUUCCAGUUCGGUUGUGGCCAAAACAACCGCGGACUCUUCGGAGGCACCGCCGGUUUGCUCGGGCUAGGCCGUGACCAACUAUCCAUUGUCUCACAAACUGCUAAAACGUAUGGAAAAUACUUCUCAUACUGUCUUCCAUCGAAGACGAGCUCUACCGGACACUUAACAUUCGGGAAAAAUGGAGUUCCGAGCACCGUGAAAUUCACACCACUGUCAGUAAACUCACAAGGCCCAUCAUUUUACUUUAUCGAUAUUACAGGAAUCAGUGUUGGAGGGCGUCAACUGUCCAUCAGUUCGUCGGUGUUCAAGACCGCCGGCACCAUUAUAGACUCUGGAACAGUCAUAACUCGGCUACCUCCAGCGGCUUACAAAGCUUUGAGAACAACUUUCCGGCAACAGAUGACAAAGUACCCAAUGGCACAACCCGUUUCGAUACUCGAUACUUGCUAUGAUUUAAGCAACUACUCCACAGUUACGAUACCAAAGAUAAGCUUCUUCUUUAGUGGCAAUCUGAAGACUGACAUCGACUUGUCGGGGACACUUUAUGUGGUGAGUGCGUCGCAGAUCUGCUUGCCUUUCGCCGGAAACAGUGACGCCGCCGAUGUGGGUAUUUUCGGGAAUGUUCAGCAGAAGACGUUGGACGUGGUUUACGAUGUCGCUGGAGGGAAGCUAGGGUUUGGUCCUGGUGGGUGUGAUUAAACUGAGCUAAUGGAAAUGGAAAAACUUUAAAAAUAGAUCUCAGGGGUAACCGGGCUUGAUUAGGGUCAAUGGGGUUGUGUAUCCAUACCAUUUACAAAAGCAGGGUAUGGAAAAUAAUGUAAGCUGAAAAAGUUCAUUCAGUGGUCAUGUAUACUAGCAAAAGAAAGUUUGCAAGAAUAUGCUCAACUUUUAUUACUAGCAUGCUUUUCUUUCGGAUAAUUGAGAUUGAAGAUUUUGACCUUGCUCUCAUGUUGGAGGGAAAGACUCUUCAAUGAUUAAUUUUUGGUACCGUG